AUGCAGGGGUACGGGGGUUACGGCAUGGGGGGCAUGGGGCGGCAGGACUACAGAAGAGAUGGGCGGCCGAUGCAUCCGGGGCCACCGCCGCGCGGGUAUCCGCCACCCGGCGCGCACGGCAGGGGCCCGAUGGGCGGACCGCACGAGUGGGACCCCCGCGCGGGACAGGGACCCCCCCCGCCGCGCGACAUGGGCCCGCCUUACAGAGGCCCACCGCGCGGGGGCCCCAUGGACCGCGCGGACGGUCACGCGCCCGUCCGAUCCGCCAAUCUGACGCCGUACGAGCAGCGUGUUGCGUCGGGCGAGCUGCAGAUCCUGGAGGGCACGUCGCACAAGCCGCUCUGCGUGAGCUGGAGCUGCGACGGCAAGCGCGUCGCGGCAGGCUGCCAGGACGGCGCGGUGGUGGUGUGGUCUCUGUCGUCGAAGGGGCGGAGUCCUCGGAAGGAGGUGACGUUCCGUUUGUCUCAGACGGCGGAGGCCGUGCGUUGGCACCCCUCGCAGCCCGAGAUCGUCGCGACGGCGGGGCGCGAGGCGGCGGUGUCGCUGUGGGACGCGCGGACGGGCAAGCGCGGGGAGCGGCACGAGUCGGCCGGCGGGAACGUCGUGCUGGCGUGGCACCCGAGCGGAGAUCAGAUUGCGUGUGCCAACGAGGCCAACGAGGUCUUCGCAGUCGACGUCCGGACGAUGCGCGAGGUCGCACGCGCGACGUCGCGCCUGGCGGACAUCAACGCGAUGUCGUACACGCCGGACGGACAGAUGCUCGUGCACAACAGCAGGACGGGGGUGCAGCUGCGGUCGCCGCAGGACAUGCAGCUGGCGCGAGCGAUCCCGACCAACACGUACGCGAUCUUCGACAUCGCCAUCUCGGCCGACGGCCGCUCGCUCGCCACCGCCGGAGCGGACGGAUGCGUCGCAGUCGUGGACCUGGACUCGAUGUGCUGCACCAACACCAUCUCUUUCAGUUCCGGGGCGGUGCAGGGCCUGGGCUUCUCUGGCGAUGGCAACCGCGUGGGGUACGUGUCGACGGACCCAGAGGCGGUCGUGGCGGACGUGCGCACCGGGGACAAGGUGGCGUCGUGUCCUCUGGGCACCUCGUCGCCGCUGGCCGCGGCCUACCACCCGAAACUGGAUAUCGUCGCAAUCGCGGGCGCGGAUGCUGCACCAGCGGCCAUGCCCGACAGGCGGGGCGCGCCGCAGCGGAGAGCACGCGCCGUUGGGCUGUACACUGUCAAGCACGAGGACCGCCCGACGGGCUGA